AUGGCAGAAAGUAGCGGAAAGGCGCCCAAGGUAGCCGACAAAUACGCCUGCGCUCCCCCAGCAUAUCUCAUUCCUAAUUUCCAGCGAGAAUGGUCAGACUUGGCCGCCAAGCUCUUCAACACCGACGCUUCGGACAUUCUAUUGACGUCUGAAGAAAAGAAACAAGCCCUAGCACUGAUCGCCAUCCCCAUCACUAGUUCGUCCUUCGGGAACAAGUCCAGAGCCCAGGCCCUCCACAGAACGGUCAGCCAAGCGCGGGAGAUGGGACAGGGCAAGCGACCUCCUGCAAAUGUUACAAUUAUUGCAGCUCUCCUCAUCUACACGCUGGAGCCUCCGCUGACUUGGUGGGAAUGGGCGACCAUGCAGCAACCACUUGGUGUUCUGCGAUAUAUUCGGGACUGUGCUGAUGGCCUCAGUAUUUACUCGUCGGAGGGUAUGUUAAAGGCAGCAUUGGCACAUUCUCCGGCUGCAUCCACCCAAGAUCAUUCAGACAGCUUGUUCAUUGUCGACAAGCCUUCGUUGAAGGAAGCCAACGCCAAGAAAUCCAGCACCGAACAUUUGGAACCUGCUCAGCUCAACUCAGAUCGCCCAGCUCUACCGGCUCUGAGACCCUGGACGCGCUCCAUGACCAAGUUCACAACACCUUCGCCGCCAAGCAAGAAGCGAAAGGCGGAAUCUGAGUCCCCUCACGACAAGAAAACUGUACCGAAGAAGAAAGUCGCCAGUCCAAAGAAGAAGGCGGCCACCCCAAAGUGGAAGACGAUGGCUGGAUCGGGAACCAAUCCCAUCCCAAAAGCCAAGAACCCCAACACUCGAAUUACUGAAGCUGUGAAGCGACAGCAGCCGAUCGAUAAUGCCUUGUUGGCCAGAUACAUGAAAAGCGCCCCCAUGCUUGACAGAAUUGCAGAUUACAAUGACGGAUCCGUCCGUCGAGUUGCUCUUGCCAGUUUUCUCGAAGACUUGAAGACCUCCGGCUGGGAAGAUCUGGAGAAGUGUACCUGGCAGCUCAUCAAGGAUGACGACUAUGAGUCUCGCGCGUUUCUCGCAGAGGCGAUCAUGAACGACGUCUAUAAGCGCAUCAAUGAGUCUGUCGAAGACGUCCCGCAGCCCGCACAGCUCACAGAGCCCCCGCAGCUCCAAGAUGCCACACAUAAACUUAUGCAACAGCCCACGGAAGCCAAGCAGACCGCACAGUCCAGCCCGAAUGAGCAACCUAUGGAUACACCAACGAAGAGGAGAAGCCGGUCCGGACCCAAGCAGGGUAAGAAGUCAACUCAGACCAAGAAGCGUACCACAGAGAUAAGGAGGCCCAAAAUGAACACGUUGGAUGCGCAUAACACACCUACGAAGCAGGCAAGCCGGCCUUUGAGAUUCUCUCCCAGCAGUCGCAUGUCAGAUGACGUUUUCAACGACACUUCACCUGUAUCUGCCGCCUCACCAGCGGCGGGUCGGCGGCACCCCAAUUUGGCCUCCCCGCCUCGCUUCAACAUUCGAGGAAUAUUGUCCAAACGACUGAAGUCGAAGGACAAUCAGAUUUGA